AUGCUGGCUAAGCUGCGCUCGGACGGUGAGGAGCAUGUGCAGCUGGUAGAGGAGAGGAGCAAGGAGCUGGCCACCAAGGCCGCCGACCUCCGCGACCAGGUCUACAAGCUGGAGGAGGAGAAGAACGACAGAGAGGUGUGAUAUAGGGGUAGGGGUGGGGAGCAUUCAGCAAGGCACAACAUUGUGGAAUGGUUUAAAUUAUAAUGUAGAACAAAGGCUCUUUCUCAGUUAAUCUUUCCUGGGUCUUCGCAUCCUCUCUCCUCACAUUAAAAAGGUACUGGAGAAGAAGAAUGGGUGAGACCUUAGACAUUCCUCCUACAAUACGGUUGAGAAGGAUGCAAGGAGAUGGGAUUCAAGGAAUCACAGAAAGAUGCUUUGAGGUAGAGCCCUAAAAAAUGCAUCCUUUCUUCCUUCAUUGAAGUAAUCACUGAUUAGACAUUAGAUUUGGUGAACGCAAGGCCUCCAACACAUGGAUUUCACCUGUCCAGUCAUUUCUAAUCAGUGGUUACUUAAAGAAAGGGAGGAAGGAUGCAAUUUGAAAGAAUUUGAACAGGGCCCAGGAUAGAGAACAGGGUGGCAUUCAGCAGGGCACUACGCUGUGGAACGUACAGAUACAUAUUUAAUGUAGAACAAACAUGCCUCAUAUAGAAUAAGGAAUCACGUCACCUCUAUAACAGCCACUACAAACAGAAGCUAACUUUAGCCACUGAUAGCUGCAAGUCAAAGAGCACCUUCAACCUACGCUUCUCAUGAUGUGCUAGUGUAGCCUUGUGGCGCUUCCCAUCCUCCCUUUUUCUACUACGUAAGAGGAUUAGCUUGUCUUAAUCACCCCCCGCGCGCUCUCUCUACCAGCCUGGAAAAGUUCAGUCUCUCUCUGUUUAAAAUAAAAACGUUGUCUCGCUCAACUUUUCCAUGGCCCACAGACCGGUUUAAGGCAGCUGCAGCAAGAACUCGCCGACUCGCUGAAGAAGCUGUCGAUGAGCGAGGCUUCCCUGGAGGUGAAUACACGCUACCGCAAUGACCUGGAGGAGGAGAAGGCGCGACUGCUCAAGGACAUGGACCGCCUUAAGGGGAAGGUGGGUGGAGUCGGGUGAAAUUGCCCCAAGACUCUGAUCUGGGAUCAGUUUAGCAUUUACCCUGCAAAAGGUUCAGGUUAGGAUCAGGGGAUGGGAAGAUUAUCCUAGAUCAGGGGAAAUGUCACCCUGGUGAAGGAAUGUUGGAAGCAUUAUAGAAGUAGACUUAUUAGAACGGACAUCCCCAUUCAAGUUUAAUGAUAGGUGGAAUUCUAGUAAUUAUAUUUCUAAAGGAGCCAUAUUGGUAGGAGUAGGACAGCGCCUCCCUGUGGCAGUUUAUGGUAUCUACAGUCUCUCCAAGGUAGACUGGCUUUUGGUGGAUACUGUGGCAUCAAUCAAGCUGCUUAACCGGUCUUAGAUUAGACAGCUCACUAGUGAAGUUGGAUUUUUUGUGUACGGCUGACUACUGACAGGGUUAGGGUUACGGUAAGAACUAUGGUUCAAUGUAUAGGUUAACAGAUGGUCACAGUGACGCUAGUGACCUGAGAUUGACCUGCUGGAAGACGGCCGUAUGACCGCUUGACCUCGGGCCUGUUCAGGAGGGUGCGACGUUACAGAAUGUUCAUAUAGAAAAGUAUUGUAUAGAAUAGAAAAUCAUGCUAUCUCUAUUUGUUUCAUUUAUAUCUGAAUGUUCAGAUAUAAAUAUAUUGUGCAGAACAAAUGUGAUUGUCAAGUAGAAUAGGGAAUCAUGUUAGCUCUGUAUUACAUUUCUAUCUGUGAACUUGCUACCUCACAGCUGGAGGAGAGCGAGGACCAGUACGUUCAGGCGGAGCGGCGUAUCAAAGCUCUGAAGAGCAGUCUGGAUGAGAAGGAGCGAGAGGUGGUCGCCACCUCUCAGAAACUGCAGGAGGUGCUGUCUGCCUUCGCAGGCUCAGACACCACCAUUAAACAGCUGGAGGAGGCUGUGCAGAGGUACACACGUGCAUGCACACGCACACACAAAAGCAUGCAGGAACACAGGCACGCUUGUACUUACACACACAGGCAAACAGAAAAGUACUCUCACACACACUCAUAAAAGCGCGCACACACACACACUGUCAGUCACCAAUUUAAGGUUGUAUGAAAUUGAAUCUGUCCUUUUUUUGGGGGGGGCAACAUUAGACUGUUAUAAAACUGUUUCUGAAUAUGACUAUACAGUGGGGGGGAAAAGUAUUUAGUCAGCCACCAAUUGUGCAAGUUCUCCCACUUAAAAAGAUGAGAGAGGCCUGUAAUUUUCAUCAUAGGUACACGUCAACUAUGACAGACAAAUUGAGAAAUGUUUUUCCAGAAAAUCACAUUGUAGGAUUUUUUAUGAAUGUAUUUGCAAAUUAUGGUGGAAAAUAAGUAUUUGGUCACCUACAAACAAGCAAGAUUUCUGGCUCUCACAGACCUGUAACUUCUUCUUUAAGAGGCUCCUCUGUCCUCCACUCGUUACCUGUAUUAAUGGCACCUGUUUGAAUUUAAAGGACACCAGUAACAAAAUUGUAGACCUGCACCAGGCUGGGAAGACUGAAUCUGCAAUAGGUAAGCAGCUUGGUUUGAAGAAAUCAACUGUGGGAGCAAUUAUUAGGAAAUGGAAGACAUACAAGACCACUGAUAAUCUCCCUCGAUCUGGGGCUCCACGCAAGAUCUCACCCCGUGGGGUCAAAAUGAUCACAAGAACGGUGAGCAAAAAUCCCAGAACCACACGGGGGGACCUAGUGAAUGACCUGCAGAGAGCUGGGACCAAAGUAACAAAGCCUACCAUCAGUAACACACUACGCCGCCAGGGACUCAAAUCCUGCAGUGCCAGACGUGUCCCCCUGCUUAAGCCAGUACAUGUCCUUGCCCGUCUGAAGUUUGCUAGAGUGCAUUUGGAUGAUCCAGAAGAGGAUUGGGAGAAUGUCAUAUGGUCAGAUGAAACCAAAAUAUAACUUUUUGGUAAAAACUCAACUCGUCGUGUUUGGAGGACAAAGAAUGCUGAGUUGCAUCCAAAGAACACCAUACCUACUGUGAAGCAUGGGGGUGGAAAUAUCAUGCUUUGGGGCUGUUUUUCUGAAAAGGGACCAGGACGACUGAUCCGUGUAAAGGAAAGAAUGAAUGGGGCCAUGUAUCGUGAGAUUUUGAGUGAAAACCUCCUUCCAUCAGCAAGGGGAUUGAAGAUGAAACGUGGCUGGGUCUUUCAGCAUGACAAUGAUCCCAAACACACCGCCCGGGCAACGAAGGAGUGGCUUCGUAAGAAGCAUUUCAAGGUCCUGGAGUGGCCUAGCCAGUCUCCAGAUCUCAACCCCAUAGAACAUCUUUGGAGGGAGUUGAAAGUCCGUGUUGCCCAGCGACAGCCCCAAAACAUCACUGCUCUAGAGGAGAUCUGCAUGGAGGAAUGGGCCAAAAUACCAGCAACAGUGUGUGAAAACCUUGUGAAGACUUACAGAAAACGUUUGACCUGUGUCAUUGCCAACAAAGGGUAUAUAACAAAGUAUUGAGAAACUUUUGUUAUUGACCAAAUACUUAUUUUCCACCAUAAUUUGCAAAUAAAUUCAUUAAAAAUCCUACAGUGUGAUUUUCUGGAUAAUUUUUUCUCAUUUUGUUUGUCAUAGUUGACGUGUACAUAUGAUGAAAAUUACAGGCCUCUCAUCUUUUUAAGUGGGAGAACUUGCACAAUUGGUGGCUGACUAAAUACUUUUUUCCCCACUGUAACUAUAGGAAUGUGAACUUUGUGACUGUAGUAUUAAUGUUGUGUGACUGCAGAUUGGAGAUUGAGAAUGCCAGGCUGGAGGCAGCAGCAAAGCAGCAGACCAACAGGAUCGAGGCACUGCAGAAAGGAGUCCAAGACUCUGCCAUGGUGAGUCUAGUCAGUCUGCAUCCUAACUUAUUCAUCCCCCAGUCAGUUUUCCAUAUUGUCUUUGGUUCCCAUGCAUAGGGCUGGGAAAAAGCACCAUGUUUAGAUAUAAGGUGCCAUGUUAAAGGGAUAUUUCAGAUAAUUUAUGUAUUCAUAUUGUUUCCUUACCUUGAAAGUAGUCUAUGUACAAGGGGAGACUGCUUUUCAAGGUAAAGAAACAUUGAGUAACUUUGCAGAACUAUACUUUAGUGCUGAUUUAAUCUUUAUAAGCCCAGGCCGUCUUUUUGUGGUCUUACAAAUGCGAUGUCAUGAAAUGAUAAUUUACUGUAGACGAGUUACUGUUAUACAGGGGAUAUUAGGGUAAAUUAUUUGUAAUUAAAUUAAUAUUGACUUUAAAGGUAUUCAAUCUCUUCACAGCCAUCUGACUCUGCAGCAGAAGGAGGGGUUGGUAUUUCAGACAUAGUAGCUGUAUAUGUUUCUUUGCGUUUGAUUCUCCUCUCUGGUCUGAAGAAAGUUCCCCUCAAAUGGACGAAUAAAUUAAUGAUCAAGACUCCCUACACUUUAGCCACUGCUUUUAAAUUUGAUAGUCCUUUUGGGCACAAUAUUUCUACGCCAGAAAUUCAAAGACAUUGCAUGAAUGAGUUGUUUUCAUAACUGUCUGAGUUUCCUUCUGGUUGUGUUGUUUUUGAUUGGUGGUGGUCUCUCUGCAAGUCGGAGAUCUUUCGAUCUCUUUCUAUCUCCCUAUUCCAGUAUAUCAUCUUGGUGUGUGGUUUGGGACCCAUUUUUUGUUUCUAUCUAGAGCUGCAUGGUGUUAAAUCCUUUAGAUUGAAGAGUUUUUUUUUUCCUUGUGUGUUUUCGGGAUUGAUUCUUCCUCGGGGACAAUAAAGUUGAUCCUAUCCUAUUAGAAUGAGUAGCCACAUCACUUAUCCACUCGUUGCAUCACUUUCUUCUACUCUUCAACUCUCAGGUCAGGAACCGUCUGGAGGACUUGGUGACUGGCCUGCAGUGCAGCAAGAUGACCCUGGAGGACCAGCUCAGUCAGGAGGUUGGUUGAUUACUUUAAUACUUGCUCGGUUUACAUUUGUAUUGUAUCACCAUCGUCUAAAGAGGCUUCCACAUACCUCGCCGUUAUUUGCACUGAUAUGUCAACGCUGCAAAAAUAUUAACUCAAUAUGUCAGGUGCCCCACAAUAUAUCUUUACGAGUUCAGCUUUACGAAUUCAGAGACGGGAAGAGGGAGAGUUUUAGUUUUUAGUCAUUAGAUGGACCACUAACAUUUGGCUCUACAUUAGUAACGUAACCCUACCCCUCUACCCUCAGGUGCAGAAGCAAAGCAUGCUGUCCCAUAACGCCCAGGACUCCCAUGCGCUGUGGGAGGAGGAGCUGAAGAGCCGGUCCAAGCUGGGUCUGCGCCUGGCCGAGCUGGAGAAGGAGAAAGGAGAGCUCAGCAGCCAGGUGACCAAUCAAGACGACCACUGGCACACACACACACGCAUAGCUGGCCAUUAUCACCUCAACUGUGAACAUAAAAAGCACUGCCUUAAACUAAGGCCCUGUUCAGAAACAAUCCCCAGCUUCUAUCCCCUUGGCACUUAAUGCAGAUCUAAAUUGGAGUUAUAGUGAAUGUUUUAUGUCUUCUCUAACGUCACAAUACUAAGGUCUUAAUUCAACAGGCCAUAUAGACAAAGAGCCUCAGAUAAAGGGAUCUACCAUAGGGAUUCACCUAUACACAUUCGUCCCCGGUUCAAAUGUUUAAGAUAUGAGUGAAUUGGUCUGUGAGACCCAAAACCGAUCCAAAUGUAGCAUGCAUCGGUCAGAAACUUGAUUCAAACAUUAUGAAUCGCCGGUUCACUAAAAUGUUUUGCUCAAAUUACAAUCCAAAAAUACAUUAUCUUUUGCGACAACUGCAUCAUCUCCUUCAGUGUCGAACUAAUCAUGUAAUUGUGUUGACAGUCAUUGAUCUACAAGUCAUUUUGCAUGUCGAACAACCGCAGCAAAGCUGACCAACAAGCGGUUAUUCCUGAUCUUGCAUAUCUGUGCGUCCCCUUCAGCAUUCAAAUGUUUGUAAAAUUGCUUGUGCAAUAUUAGGCUUUAUUAGUUUAGUGACAACCAAUGUGAUUUGCCAGGUAAUUUUUUUAUCAAAUGCCAGUGGAGACAACUCUCAUGUGGCUAUAGCCUAUAUGCUGAUCGGGGGUCGCUUACAUUAGAUUGCAUUUCUAUUGUUCAGGUUUACCAUCAGCAAUAGCUUUGCUAGAAAAAAAUCUAUAUAUAUGGUCAAUUUUAGAUAUAAAGGGUAAAGUUAAUAAUUGUAUAACGAGGACAGCAAUCAGUUUUGCUACCCGCACUGCAUGGUCGAAGCGGGGGAAGAAGAGAAGCUCACUCAGUUUGUCAAAACUUCCAAAAGGUCUAAACCACGCAUGGGCAACUUACACAAGGUGCAAUUUUGAAAUUUGGUUGUGCAUCAGCAGUCACUGAAUUAGCCAGCAAUUUUUUUUUGAGAUUGGUAAAUUAGCAUGGUCGAAUUACUGACUGGGGUGGGGCUCAUUUGAUCAUCAGUUAUUAUAUUAAAAACUGCAAACAUUUGCCUCCACCGUAUGGCAAAAUUUGUAGAAUUGCAGGAAAUUCGCUGUAAAACUGCACAUUUUUCUCUCCAACGCUUGGCAAAAUGAGUAGAAAAGCAUGAAAUUAGAAAUUUGCGAACCACUGCAUCCCCUCAUGAUGAGUAUCGGUUUUUUUUGUGGCCCCCACCUCCAUCAAAGUUGUGCUAUAUAUUCAUUGUUUAAGAUAAAUAUUGAUGCAUUACUAGCUCUAACACUUAAUCUGCAAAAAUGACAAUUUGAUUAGUGGGUGAUUGUGAUUUCAGAUCAAAAGUGGGGGGGGGACAAAAAGCAAACAUUGCCCCCCUAACUGAUAGUGGGUUGGUAGAUGCCCAGUUUCCCUUAUGGCUCAGCUCCGGUGCCUACAUACGCCAUAGACAUAUACAUAAUUUACACUAUCGGUGUGAAUGUUUAAACGUUAAAACAUUUAAACGAAAUUGGGAUCCUUAAAGUUAAGAAAAAUCCAUAACCCCCACAAAAUGUAAAUCCGUGCAGCUGGCUCGCAUGCUCUCUCUGCGCUAAGGAUACGAGUCUGUGUUCAGCCUUUCGGUCUGUUGCGUGUAUAAUAUCCUAGCCUAUUCAUUGAUGAUAGGCCCUACUUUACUGAGGUUGCGAAACAUUGCAAGCCAAGAAAUUGCGAAAUACAACAUUCUAUUGCGAGAUACAGCUUUUGAUUGCAGAUAGAAAGGUCUAGUGCACGGUUCUGAAUCCAUCUGCCUGGUGGCCUACCUGCCUAUACAGUGCCCCUCCCCCUCUCUCCGUCCCUCGCUAGCUUGCUAUGAAUGAUUUGAGUUUUUGAUUAGUUGCCGUACUUCCAAGAACACAGUCUCUUCAUUUACAAGAAAUACAGAAUCUUAGGAGUCGAUUCCUAGCGGAAGAUGUUUUCUUUCUACUAAAUGUCUUGGGAAGUCACAGUAAUGAAAAAAAUGUCAUAGUAUUUUUUUUAGGAAAGUGUGGUCUGCGCGCAGGCAGGCAGGGUCGUCACUAGUUACCACAGCCACAAAGUCAGAAGGCCCACCUACUCAUCCAAUCAGAUGAGGGGGUUUGAUGACGCGUAUGCCGGCUUGCAGUUCGUGGGAAAAGACCAAUCAGAUGAGGGAGUGUGAUGACGCGUAUGCCAACCGGCUUGCAGGAGCAGACGAGAGACAUGCAUUUAUUUUAUCUAGUGAUCCAUCAAUGAUUUGCUUAUUUAUUAGCUAUAAUAAAACCAAUCGUUAUAAAUGCAAAGUGGUAAUCGGAUGUCUUAUUCAAACUCAGCUUGCAAGCUUAUUAUGUUUUCCCUUACUUACAUACUUACUUGUCUUAACUCAAAAUUGGUUUACUCCAAUAGCUUUAUUGUUUUUAAAAUGGCAUGUAGACAAACAAAUGACACAUCUAGAUUUUAGAAUGAUAUAUUUGUAAUCCAGUAAAAUGUACAGUUUCACAGAAAUUGCAUAUUUUUUUAUUUGGCUGAUUUUGGGUUGAUUUAAGAUUAAAACUUUAACCCUGUUACUUUACUUGGCACUUAAUAUAGUCAUUUAUUUAAGUUAACAUAGCCUUGCAGUCCACCUUUUUGGUAGUUGUACCAGUUUCCGUCUCUGCAAAAACAUGGUCUUCAAGCUAUGGAACAUGUAAUAAUAUAUUGGCCCAUCCACCCCCCUCUUCGAAGGACAAAGGUAACUGUUUUACAUUUUUGUUGCAUAUACAUUAUUCAUACACUUUACAUACAUGCUUUUAUACACAGUAUUACAUGAUAUGAAUAGUUUGAUAUACAUACUCUUGUAAUAAGUUCCAUGGGAUCUUUAGUGACCAGAGUUGGGAUACCUGUUUAAAGUCCCAUUUUCUUCGAUUUUAUUGAGGAACAUUCAUUUUACAUUUUAGUCAUUUAGCAGACGCUCUUAUCCAGAGCGACUUACAGGAGCAAUUAGGGUUAAGUGCCUUGCUCAAGGGCACAUCGACAGAUGUUUUACCUAGUCGGCUCGGGGAUUAGAACCAGCAACCUUUUGGUUACUGGCACAACGCUCUUAACCACUAAGCUACCUGCCGCCCAACAUUCCAUUGUACUUCAACAUUAUUAAAAUGCAAUGAAUGUUUUAAAGUGUAUGGUAUAAAUGACAGUGAUCUCUUUGAACGUACUUCUUUCUUGUUCCUUUCAGCAGCAUAUUUCUCUUUGGCUUUUCUUUGUCUGUCUGUAUUUCCCCUGGUGGCAUUCAUACAUCUUUGUGCCCACAACUUCAAAGGGAACUUUUUCUCUCUCAACUGAGUUUUUUUUUUUUUUUUUCUGCCAAGGUCAAGAAUAUGAUAUGUUUCUAUUAGAAUGAAAGGCUUUUAGGGAAAUUAACAAAGUUUCUCUAUCAAAUAGAAUAACUCCUCUGUGCUUGGAAUGGAAUCCCUUAUAUUAGCAAGCUAGCUCAUUUUAGAUGAGCGUAGCAAAAGUCUAGGGAGUCGACCCACACUGCCAGCAGCAUCAAUAAAUGAAGGAUAUUGUCAAGAAUGCUGUAGGUGGGUGUAGUGGUGGAAUCAAGCGCAGGACACCGAAGUAUAGUCCAAAAGACUUUAGUUCAACUUCCAACAAGGAAAAUACGAACAAAACUUGCCCGAAGGCGAAACUACGCACGAAGGCGACACAAACAAAAGGCGCACUAAACAUGUGCGUAAACGCUCCAACACAGUGGAGUGAAACUCAACCGAGCGAAAGCAAAACAAGCACAACAACGACAGAAAUAAUCACACACAAACACAGACACACCCAACAAGACUUAAAUAGAACACUAAUGAGGACUAACUAGACACAGGUGUACAACAUCAAGACCAAACCAAACGAACAUGAAACAUAGAUCGGUGGCAGCUAGAACUCCGGGGACGACGACCGCCGAUGCCUGCCCGAACCAGGAGGAGGAGCAGCCUCGGCCGAAACCGUGACAGAUAUUUACUGUAUGUGACCUUAAAAACAGCCUAUAACAAAUUCCAAAAACACUUUUCUUUGUGUUUCAAUGUGUAGCAUUAUAAAACUUUAUAGCCUAUUAUUUUAUUGGUUUUUACUGUCCUAAAAUAAUAAUUGGCCACCUCAAGGUUCAGCUGUCAGAGAUUUGAGCACUGCAUGUAAUAAUAAUAAUAAUAAUGCCAUUUAGCAGACGCUUUUAUCCAAAGCGACUUACAGUCAUGCGUGCAUACAUUUUUUUUGUGUAUGGGUGGUCCCGGGGAUCGAACCCACUACCUUGGCGUUACAAGCGCCGUGCUCUACCAGCUGAGCUACAGAGGACCACCUAUAGGCUUAGGAGUCUACUGUAUGAUAUUAAUAUUUAAAAAAUUCAUAUAAAGAAAGAGAAGCUUAGGCCUAGCCACAGAGAGGGAGGGAGGGAGAGAGAGAGAUAUGCUGGCAGGAUUGCUACAACACCGACAUGCAUUUCAUUAUCCUUGUCAGAUAGGCUAGCCUACUGCAUCUGCUAUACAGAUAUAGGCAUGCAGAAGGAGGCUAAUUUGGUAGUUUUCGAUCAUAAUAUUUUUUUUAUAAAGAUAAGCAUUGUAUUGUAAGAUUAUAAGAGUAACUCUGAUAGGCCUGAAAGAGUCUUCCUCACCAAGUUCAACUGUCAGUCAGCUCGAGCGCUGGUGCGCAAUGCCCUCAUAUCAUAGGCCUGCAGUGCAUCUGACAUCACUCAUCAAGGUCAAAACAAUAGAAUACAGUACAAGAGCACAAGAUUGGAUAGUGGUAGAGGUUCCAAUGGUGGCUUCUGAUUUAGGGAGAGCUGCAUUUGGUUUUUAUGCUUUUACAGAUGUGGAAUGUGUUGCAGGGGAGACUCAGGCUUCAAUGCCUGUUGCCCUUUAGGGAAUUUAAAACAUUAGUGGGGAAUGCUCUAAGUGAAGAUUGUGUUAGUUUGUUAUGAUAAUCUUUUGUAAGUAUUUGUUAGUAUUUUAUUGUGUUUUCUAUUGAUGUUUGUGUUGUGCUGGGCUCAUUUGAAAAAUGGACUUUGUCUCAUUUGAAAAAUGGACUUGGUCUCAAUAUGACACACUGUUAAAAUAAAGGUUAAUUUAAAAAAAAAUGUACCACAACUAACCUUCACAAAAGUUUUUUAACUUUAUUAGGGUACUAUCAAAAGUAAGAAAAUACGAGCAGGAUAUUAUAUUGUGGCAAACACAACAUAACAGUGUUUGUGCACAUUCAUUGUUUCAUAACUUCAUUGUGUGAAUUGUUUGCGUUUGAUUGUUAGUGUAUAUCAAUUCCCCAUUACAUAUAUCACCAGUAGUACAUUUACUGUUAAUUGCUAUAAUUUCUCAUCUACAAUGUUUGUUACUUUGGUUACGGUAAUUAUUUUAACGCAUUCAAUCUUUUUUUUCCAGUCUUCCCGUUCUCAUUGUCUGAGUGGACACAUUGUUUGCAGAGUGCACAACCUAUGCUACACUUGUGAGAAACACGUUUUGGUUUAUUUAAUUCCAUUUACGAGUUUUGUCAAUUUAGUCAUUGUCUUUUGUUUGGAGCGCUCCUGUCAAUGUUGAAUAAGGUCUAUAGGCUACCUGAAAAAUCUUUCCAGCUAUCUCCCUUUCGAUAACUACUCAGCGUGAAAGCGAAAAAUGCUCUGAUCCAGUGGAAACGUCAUAAAAUAGGCCUACCUGAUUACUUCUUAUCAGUGCUUGACUUGGACUGAAAUAGCUUCCGGUACUCAUUUUGGGUGCUGGUACUGUUUAUAUUUAGGUGCAGGAGCUCCACAAUACUUUUGAGCUAAUAUUCUUCUAUAAGAGGAACAGGAGCUCAAGCAGUAGAAAAUGUGAGGUGCCGGUACUCUGCUCCGUUGAGUUCCUGCCAAAGUCAAACACUGCAUCUUAUCCCUUGCACAAAUAGCCUACAGCUGUGUCUGUUCCGAGCUCACUGGCGCGAGAAACUCUUUUGAGGGCCCAGAAUAUUUUAUACAAUGUUGCAAGUUCGCUAGCACAAGCUUCGGGUUGGACCCAGUUAAUAGUUGAUACGUUUCAAGUUCGUUGCAGACAGGCCAUGUGUAGCCAAUGUGAUUUAUACAAUCUUUAUUUUUAUCAGGAUAUUUUCUACCUGCAGGCUGCAAUGUUUUUAUUUGUUGGCUUUAUGUAGGUUAUUUUUACAUAUUUGGCAAUAGAAGUUACUUUUUAGGUUUGUAUCAUUUUCAUUUAGAUUUGGAUAGAAUUUUGAUUAACCACAUGACAAUUAUUUUGAGAUAUGAAGACUAAUAAAUUAAAUAAAACUGUUUCAUGAAAAUGUGCAUAUGAAAACCAUAACUGGGACGUAGAUUGGUAGAAUUUGUAAGAUAAAUUGGCAUUCAACAUGAGAAAGGUUGCCGACUCCUCGUGUAGCCUAUUAACGACAACUUCAGGAGAGUAAUGGCAGAAUCUGCGAAAAGCCAGUAGGAGCGGGAGGAGAAUAGUUGGGUCAGGUUACGUUUUUUUCUUCUGGUUAACUAGAUCUCUGGCACCCUCGUUGAGGCAUUUGUCGUAUUUCAUCAAACCGUAAGCUUGAAGCAUCAGACAAGCUCAAUGCGUAUAGUUCGUCAAAGCGUACCUACACCCAUACCCACACAUGCAGUCAGAGCCGGCCCUAGCCUUUUGGGGGGCCCUAUGCUAAAUUAUGUUCCCCCCCACCUUGCAAGCAAAGCACAGCGAAGAGAGUUAAUUUCAUGCAAUUCUACACAUUUUGCCAUGGGGCGUAGAGAAAACGUUAAAGUUUUAAAGCAAGUUUGCUGCAAUACUACACAUUUUGCCAUGGCCAGAGAGAAGAUAUUGUCAUUUUAUAACACAUUUCAUACAAUUUUACUCAUUUUGCCGUGUGGCGGAGAGUAAAAUGAGCAGUUUUACAGCUAAUUUCCUGCAAUUAUAAACAUUUUGCAAUGAAGUGGAGUUUUGGGCGGUAUCCAGAUUCUCAUACCUUCAUACCGACCUUGUGCCAUACCGGGAUAUCCGGUAAUACCAGUACUGAACACCACAGGCUCUAUUUUCAACUAAAUUAGCAAAACAAAUGCACAACUGCAGAGCAUUUAGCACAUUUUAGACAGUUAACUUAAUAGUUAUAAGAUAUUUAGCAGCAAACAUUUAGUUGUAAAUUCUGUAAUUAGAUCACCUGGCGCAUGCUGCACAACAGUGAGUGACUCACAAGGCUCCGGUCUCUUGUCGUUGUGUGCUUGUAAACAAACACCACGUGACUGGGGACUACCGUAAGCUUAAUAAUAAUGUGACGGAUGAAAUGAAGAACGCAAUAUACUUUAUAUCCUAAAGUAUUGCACAAGUUCACUGCAGUUAUUUACUUAAGUAGCUAUAAAUAUUAAAAAGUAUUAAAAAAGUCAAAGAAAUAGUUUCAACAGUAUUAAAAAACCAUCCCGUGGCUAUUUUCCAAAUACCCCUGUAUAUGGGAUACCGCCCAAGCCUAGUGGAGUAAUUUUUUGGUGUAGUUUUUAAUAUGAUAUCUGAUGUUCUUUUGGGGGCCCCCUAGUCGGUAUUUCAACCAUGAUUACUACAAGUUUAGAUAGAUAGCUGCUAGACUAACUUACCAAUCUAAAAAUGUUUAGCUUGGCUAAUUGAGUGACUGUCAGUGACUGACAUAAUGAGAGAAACUGCUGAUGCACAACCAAAUUUAGAAAUUGCACCUUGUGUAUUCUACUAUUCUAACUCUCAACAGUAAGUUGAGAAUACGACUGAGUUCCAAAGAACUGGACAGUUGCCCAUCCCUGCUCUAAUCAAACCGAAUCACACCGAAUCAUUUCAAACUAAAACGUAUGGUAUCGGAGCCCAUGUAUCUAGAUACAUAUCGAAUCGUCUUGAAAAGGAAAGAUGCACAUCCGUAAUCUACCGCGUUACACUGUAUGGGUGUGUGAAGACAGUUCUUUAUUGUUGACAGGUCAAAUCUGUUCUUAAUUGACUAUCCUGUAUGAAGAUGAAAAAUAAAAUACUUCAGUAUUUCAUCCCUGUUUGUCCUGUGUGUUGCAGAUGGAGCUAGAGAAGAAAAAGGCCAAGAAGAUAGCGGAGCAGAAAAAGUCUGUGGACACCAGACUGGACCAGGAGAUGACGAGAAACACAGAACUACAGAAAGAAAUGUACAGGUGACAGUCCAACCUCCCUUCUUCACAGCACCCCCCUCACAGUGGCAGAGCAACCUCUCCAUGUCUGUUACCACCAUAGUUCUACUAUAGAGCCCAGUUGGAGUAGACCCAGCCCAUUCAUCCCCGGCUUCACCAACCUUUGGUCUGGUGCCCCUCUCUGUGGGUGUGAUGUGAGUUAGAUGCGACUAAUUUGUGGGUAUGGGUUUGUGUUGUGAGUUAGCCUAUGCCUUAUUAUGGUGUGUUUAUGAGUUAGAUGUGUCUUGUUGUCUAUGGGUUUGUGUUAUGAUUAUGUGUCUUGUUGUGUUUAUGGAUGAUUGUGAGUUAGAUGUGUCUUGUUGUGUCUAUGGGUUUGUGUUGUGAGUUGGUGUCUUGUUGUGUUUGGAUGAUGUGAGUUAGAUGUGGUUUGUGUCUAUGUGUUUGUGUUGUGAGUUAGAUGUGUCUAUGGGUUUGUGAUAUGAUUUAUGUGUCUUGUUGUGUCUGGGUUUGUGAGUUAAAUGUGCCUUGUUGUGUCUAUGGAUAGGUUGUUUGAGUUAGAUGUGGGUGUUUUUGUCCAUCAGUGGUUUGAUGUCUGUUUCGGUGUUCCAUCAAUCAGACUGAUGUAGUGCAUCUGGGUCGUUCCAUGAAAUGAGUGCCUUUUGAUAUUUUAAGUAGAAAUUGUGCACAGAUAAGCUUGUUAUAUUAAAUUUAGUACACUUUAAAAUAGACCACAUGGAAAAUUCAAUAACACAAAUGUUUAAUAUGAAUAAAGAAUUGCUAAAGUGCUAAAAUUCAGCAUUUUGACAUGUCCCUCUGUGUAACCUCUGUGACUUCUAGGAAGAUUUUAACCCACUUAACCCCAAAAUGUAUCGAAGUUUUCACUAUCAUUGUAAAGCAUUGACAAUCAUUUCUGACUAUUAUUAUUUAUUUAAUGUAAUUAGUGGUAUCAAAAAACCUGUUCCUCAUUUUAAGGUUAACCCUGUUACUCUUGUUUUAAUACGGUGAAACUAUUCCUUUAUUUUUAUUUUUGGCCAUUUUCUGGUGUUUUGUGGUGGAAAACGGAGUGGGUCGAACAUAAUACGUCAACCCUGUUGCCCUGUUACAGGCUAUAAUUUCUUUGCACAUAACAAGCUUCCAUUCCCCCCGUCACAAGGGGAUUUAUGGCUGAUUUUAAGAUGAAAUCGUCAACCUGUUACAGUCAAUGCUGUUACUUUACUUGGCACUUAAUAAUAUAGUAAUUUUUUUAUUUAACCUCUUGAGAUGGGAAAACAUGUUUUUUAUUAAGUUGAACGUGUUCUUUAUGACAAUGUUAAAAUUAAGUGAAACAAUACUUUUUUUUCUUCUCCAUGUUACCAAUUGGGUACUCAAGGCACCCAAUUGGUGGAACGACCCAUCUGUCAUUAACAUUAUAUGUGUGUAUCUGUCUCUGUGUGGGGUGUUGUACAGGCUGCGGACCCUGGUGAAGACGGCUAAGAAGAAGCUGCGGGAGCAGGACGGUGCCGGGGCUGAGUUUGGAUCGCCCAUGAGCAGCAUGACUGAGGCUGCCAUCGGCAGGAUGAAGGAAAAGGUACUAUGCCCAAUUGAUCCUGAAACCGUACCGAAUUGCACCCUAUUCCCUAUAAAGUGCACUACUACUUCACUUCCAAGGGCGCUGCACUGCUGCUGACUCGAAUCUGUGCUCCUCCGGAAAUGUGUGCAAAUCUACAUCAUUCAAUAAGUGAAGUACUAGUGCACUAUAUAGGGAAUAGGGUGCCACUACUAAGUAGUGCACUAUGUAGAGAAUAGGGUGCCAUUUGGGACGCAGUUGAAGGCUCGUCGAGUUCAGUUUUGACACACACACAAGCUCCUUAUCGUCCUCUUAUUUGACGCCUUAUCUAUCUUUCACACAUCUCAUGUUCUACAAUGUUCUGGGUCGUGUUUAUUAGGAGCCGCAACAGAUUUAAAUGUUUUAAUUUUUGCAACGUAAAACAAAAAUGUGUAUUUCUUAUUAGAUAAGUCCAGGUAGUCCUCCCUGUUUCAGGUUGUUUUAUUCUGUUUGGUACCUAAUUAACACAACCCUGUACUUCAUACAGCUCCGGGGUCAAGUUUCCCCUAGGUAUAGAUCUAGGAUCACCUUCCACUCCCCCAAUCUGGAAAAUGCAAAACUGAUCCAAGAUCAGCAUUUAGGGGCAACUUCACCCUACACCACUUCAUACACAUCCUCUCGUCAUACUGUUGUCUCACUGUCGUCUCAAUGACCCUCUGUCCCCAGGUGGAUGACCUGUCGGUGCAGCUGGAGAAGGAGGUGUCUCGCUGCAGCCAGCUGGAGAGGGUCAACGGGGAGCUCAAGGAGCAACUGGCCUCCCUGAAGGGCCUGGGCCGCAGCAACGAGCGGCUUGAGCGCAGCAAGAGGCACCUGGAGGAGGAGGUGGGUAGCCCCAGAGGGUAGAGGCGAUCCAGUAGCCGGAAGGUCGAUAGUUCAAAUCCCGGGCCGGCCAAAAAACAUACGAAAAAAGGGCUGGUUUUACCAUCCAGGUUGUACCGGUUGUGCCAUUGAGCAAGGCACUUAACCCCUACACUGCUCAAAGAGCGCUGCACUGCGGCUGACUUUCGAAUCGGUGCUCCUCCCAAAAUUUGUGCAAUGGACAUAUUUUCUUUUAAUAUGUAAAGUAAUCAAUAAGUAAAGCAUUCACAAGAUCGAUUAGUAAAGUAUUAUUCUGUUUUAUUGUAGUUGUUGGGCCUGCGGCGGCAGGUGGAGGCAGGGGUGAUGGACCAGAGCCAGGUUGAUCAGUACCGACGAGACGCAGAGGAGAGGGCCCGCCAGGAGAUCAGACAAAAACUGGAGGAGGUCAACCUCUUCCUACAGGUGGGGGGACACAAGACACAUUCUAGAACUGGGCCCUGUUCCGAUACCUUUAAAUCGAUCUGUAAGGACGUGGAUAGGUAACAACAUGGUUUCCAGCCGGUUACUAUCAUAAGCCUUACCGUGUUAGAUCAGUGAUUUCCUCAUGGAAGGAAGUUGUCCAUGAGGGCUGCUAGUUUUUCGAUGUAUUUCUGCCUGGCAGUUAAUUAACAGAUGAAUGGCACUCACUUGGUGAGAGUUUGUGGAUACACAUGUUUUUACCAAUGUCUGUUGCUGCCUGUUGAACACCUCCCUCAGACCCAGGCGGCGUCCCAGGAGGCGUUGGAGCAGAUUAAGGCAGCAAACGAGGCCAGCCUGCGCUCCACGCUGGAGCAGCGUAUCCGGGAGCUGGAGGGCGAGCUGGGCAGAGCGCACUCCACGCAGCACGACAGUAUGAGCCUGCGAGACUCCACCCGCACCGAGCUGGAGCGCUACCGGGAGCUCUACACGGAGGAGCUGCGUCUCCGCAAGGCCCUGGCUGCCAAACUAGAG